AUGGCGUACGACGAGCGGCUGGCCCGCUUCCGCCAGGCCCACCUCAACCCCUUCAACAAGCCCCCCGAGCCGCCGGAGCGCCCCGACGGGGGGACCCCCUGCGACUACACCGGCCUCUACUACUGCAGCAGCUGCCACUGGAAUGACCUGGCCGUCGUGCCCGCCCGCGCCAUCCACAACUGGGACUUCGAGCCCCGCAAGGUGUCGCGCUGCAGCAUGAGAUACCUGGCGCUGAUGGUGUCGCGGCCCGUGCUGAAGCUGCGGGAGAUCAACCCACUGCUCUUCAACUACGUGGAGGAGCUGGUGGAGAUCCGGAAGCUGCGCCAGGACAUCCUGCUGAUGAAGCCCUACUUCAUCACCUGCAAGGAGGCGAUGGAGGCGCGGCUGCUGCUGCAGCUGCAGGACCGGCAGCACUUUGUGGAGAACGACGAGAUGUACUCGCUGCAGGACCUGAUCGACAUCGAGGCCGGGCGCCUGAGCUGCUCAUUGACGGAGAUCCACACCCUCUUCGCCAAGCACAUCAAGCUGGACUGCGAGCGCUGCCAGGCGAAAGGCUUCGUCUGCGAGCUCUGCAAGGAGGGCGACGUCCUCUUCCCCUUCGACAGCCACACCUCCGUCUGCACCGACUGCUCCGCCGUCUUCCACAGGGACUGCUACUACGACAACUCCACCACCUGCCCCAAGUGCGCCCGGCUGAGCCUGCGCAAGCAAUCCCUCUUCCAGGACUCCAGCACCGAGGCAGAGCCCUAA